AUGACUUCGAGCAGAUUCCAGCCAGCUCAACUCUACGACCUUUCUGAUCGCGUCGCUCUCGUGACCGGAGGAGCGACGGGUAUCGGAUUGGCGCAAGCUCAGGGCUUGGCAGGAGCAGGAGCGCGCGUAUACAUUGCCAGCAGGAGAAACCAAGUGGUGGAGAAUGCAGUGAAGCAGUACGGCUUUGCAGGCGGUUUCGAAGUGGAUGUGACGAGCAAGGAGAGCAUCCAAAAGCUAGCGGAUGAUUUGAAAGCAAAAGAAGGUCGUGCUGAUAUCGUCAUCGCCAACGCUGGAGGAGCGGGACCCACGCACUUCGGUGCGGAUACCAGCUUUCCAGACGGAAGCAUGGAUCCAGCCAAAAAGCUGGAGAAGGUGUCGGCUGAAGAGUACUCCAAGAGGAUAUUGCAGGCCAACUCGUUUGAGAAUUGGAACGAUCUGUUCAGCCUCAAUUCGCACUCCAUCCUGUUCACCGCCAUCACCUUGUUGCCUCUCUUGGCCGCCGCCUCGGAAAAGGCCAAGCAGGAGGGCAAAAAUCACACGAGCGUGUUCAUGUCGACUGGAUCCAUCAGCGGAGUUGUGAAGCAAAGCCAGAUGCACUACGGUAGGUUUGAUUGCGCUGACCCUUUUAGGGCUUUGUCGUGCGUCUGCAGCGCCUCGAGCUGACCUCUGUGCAAUCACGUCGUAGCCUACAACGCAGCCAAAGCCAGCGCAAAUCAUGUGAGCAAUCAAAUCAAAGCACGCUUCAUCUUGGCUUUAAAAAAAAAGUUGACCGACCAUCGCUUUUGCUGUGCUGCAGCUCACCGAGACCCUAGCAUACGAGUUCACGACGGCGACGACGGCGCGCGUGCGGGUGAAUGGAAUCCUGCCUGGAGGUGAGUCAGGCGCUCACUGCGACUUGGCAUUCCCACUUUGCGCACACGAAAGCCGUGAGUGCGCGCUGACGACCAGCCUACUCGACAGUCUUUCCGAGUCAAAUGACGGCGGACAGCAAAGACGAAAAGACGAACAAGAGCGAUCUGAGCGACAAGCUUCCCACGUGAGCAUCAUCACAGGAGGCUCUCAAUCUCAACACAUGUCACGCAUGUGCCGAUCUGACGCUCAACACUUCUUACCGCCCGCCGCGCAGAAUGAACGUUCCCGUUGGUCGACCGGGAACGGAAGAGGAAAUGGCAUCUGCAGUAAUCUUCCUUGUGAGUCAUUUUCGCCGAGGAGGCAGCACCAGCUCGCGCAGUAAAGAGAUUCAGUGCUCACAAUGUUUCGUGAACACGGCUUCCCGCCUGAUAGGCAUCCAACGAGUACAUGUCCGGCAGUCUCUUGACUGUCGAUGGAGGCUUCACUGCGUACGCACCCUGA